GCGAAAUUUACGAGCGUAACUCGCCAUAUAACUCGCUGACUUGGCCGAGUCAGUGAGUUACAGGAUGAUCGGAAUAGUUACGAUCGUAACGGACGCCGUAACUUUUCUUUUUUCCAGGAGAAGGGCCAACUUACAAGCGACUGGUCAAAGUUACAGCGGUGCCCGUAACUUUUCUCACAACCCGUAACUUUUGGAAAAAGUCCCAACCGUCCAGUGCCUUUUGAAAAGUUACUAGCCAUGUGGAGGAGUUACGGUCGAGACCGUAAGUUCUCUCCAAUGACCGUAGCUUUGGACUGGAUCUGCCUUCUCUCCCAAAAAUGUCAGAAAGCACCGCUAACUACCACAAAACAUUCCCUAGACCUCCAAACCUGAAAAUUCACAAGAAUGGACAUGCCAAAUGACCACAAAGCAACAUGUUCGACACACGAAACAAAAAAAAAAAGUAAAAAACAAAAAGAGAAAGGAAUGAAAUGCAAACCGAUGUGGGGUUGCCUGCCCACAAGCGCUUCUUUACCAUCUUUUAGCUGGACGCAGAUAGCGGAACUAAGGGUCCGCGAGAUUGGCCAACAACUCUGCUCGUUCGACAUCGCCUCCCAAGUACAACUUGAGGUGAUGCCCGUUCACUUUGAAGGGCUCAAUCUACAGAGUGGCGAUCUUGAUGGUGCCAUAGGGAAACACUUGGAUGACCGUGAAUGGUCCAGACCACAGGGAGCGCAACUUACCCAGAAAGAGUCGCAGGCAGGAAUUGUAUAGAAGAACUCGAUCGCCCACUUGGAACUCUUACGGGCCUUUGUGCCGAGCAUCGUGGAGACGCUUGGUUCAUUUCUUAUAUAGUCUGGUUUUCUCAUAGGCGUGAUAACACUACUCUUCCAACUCCACCAGCUGCAUUUUUCGCUCGGUACCUGCAAGACUCAAAUAAAGGUUUAGCAGCUUAAGGGCCUAGAAGGCCUUGUGCUCUAGCUCAAUAGGCAAGUGACAGUUCUUUCCAAAGACGAGUCGAUAGGGAGAGGUACCAAUCGGAGUCUUGUAGGUCGUCAUAUACGCCCACAGAGCAUCAUUGAGCUUGGCGGAUCAAUCCUUACGGGAUUGAUCCACCGUAUUUUCAAUGAUCCUUUUUAGCUCCAAGUUUGUCAGCUCGGCUUGACCGUUUGUUUGGAGAUGGUACGCCACCGACAUCUUGUGAUUGACAUCAUAGAGAGACAAGAGCUUAGUGAAUUGCCCUUGAAAAUGGGUCCCUCUAUUGCUAAUGAUGGCUCGAGGUAUCCCGAAUCGGGAGAAAAGCUGCUUAAGAAAUAAGCGGACUCAUCUUGCGUCAUUGGUGGGCAUGGCUUGAGCUUCUGCCCACCUCGAACCGCAGUCCACAUCAAUCAAGAUAUAAAGAUUAUCAAAUGAAGGAGGAAAGGUGCCCAUGAAGUCGAUGCCCCUUACAUCGAAAAUCCCACAAGUCAUAAAUGACUUCUAGGACAUCUCAUCACGGGUAGAGAUGUUACCUGACCGCUGACAACGAUUGCACUGGCAUGCGAAGGUAUCAACAUCCUUGAAGAGCGUGGGCCAAUAGAAGGCCGACUAUAGCACCUUCCGCACUAUGUGGUUUCCUCCAGCGGUCAGGUAUUCUUCAUGAUAGUGAGACAAGAUGGCUCCCAUCUAGUGUUCCAUCACGCAUUGUCGAAUCACGCCAUCCGCUCCGAUCCUGAAGAGGUACGGAUCCUCCCAGAAAUAUUACUUCAUGUCGGAGAAGAAUUUACACUUAGCAUUAGUAGCCAUCCCCUUAGGCAAUUGCUUUCCCACCAAAUAAUUGGCAAGAUCUCUUCCACGAAGUUGUCCACCGGAGAGGCUUCCAACCUUGAAAGAUGAUCUGGAGCAACAUUCUCUGCUCCUUUCUUGUCCCAGAUCUCAAUAUCGAACUACUACAGAAGCAGGAUCCAGCGGAUGAGCCGAGGGUUAGUGUCGUCCUUGGUCAUCAAUUAGAUGAUGGUCGAGUGGUCGGUAUAGACCACGACAUGAGAGAGCACCAAAUACGGCCAGAACUUGUCAAAGGCAUACACCACUGCAAGCAGCUCCUUCUCUGUGGUGGUGUAGUUCUCCUUAGCAUCGUUCCAAGUCUACGACGCGUAGUAGAUAUGCUGGAAAUGCUUAUAGCAUCUCUGACCAAGAACAACUCCAACCGCAUAAUCACUCGCAUGGCACAUUAACUCAAAUGGGAGAGACCAAUACGGAGUCACCAUGAUGGGUGCAUGGGUAAUCUUCUCCUUCAAAUUCCCGAAUGCAAUUGUGCACUUUGGAGUGAAGUGAAAUGGUGCAUCUUUCUCGAGUAGCCUGGUCAAUGGCAAGGCUAUCUUUGAGAAGUCUUUAAUGAAGCGCCAGUAGAAGCCUGCAUGACCUAGAAAACUUCAAAUCACCUUCACACAAAUAGGAGGAGGUAGCUUGCAGAUCGUCUCUAUCUUUGCGCGAUCUACCUCAAUCCCCUGCUUGGAGAUCUUGUGCCCGAGCACAAUGCCUUCGUGAACCAUAAAGUGGCACUUCUCCCAACUAAGCCCCAAGUUCGUCUCCUCGCACCUCUUUAGGACAAGCUCUAUUUUAUGGAGAUAGUGUGAGAAGGAGUCUUCAUAAACCGAGAAGUCAUCCAUGAAGACUUCCAUAAUCUCUCCAACCAGUCAGUUGAAGAUAGCCAUCAUGGAAUGAAGGGUGCCACACACG